AUGUCUUGCUACUUUAAAGGGUGCGCGCGACCUGUUCUGCAAGGCGCGGCCAAAUGUGACUUCCAUCGACAACGCUCCAUGUGUGUCGUAGCCGACUGUCGCAACCAAGUGUUUGCCCGCAAUCUGUGCGUGCGCCACGGUGGCAAGAAGUCUUGUGUCCACGAAGGCUGUCGGGAAAAUGUUCGCGUGGGAGACCUCUGCGGGAAGCAUGGCGCCAGCGCCCACCGCAAAAUGUGCAUUGAAGACGGCUGCAACAAGUUUGCGCAGACCAAACAACGCUGCUCGGCCCACGGAGGCGGCCAACGCUGCAAACGAUCCGGCUGCUUUGCCCACGCCCGCCGAGGCGGGUUCUGUACUCGGCACAGUUCCCUCAGUCGCCUGAACAAGGCAGAUCGGUCCGAAGAAUUGGUCGAAGUGUGUGACAGAGUGCAGUGUCCGCCGUUUACUUUAUUUCCAAAGGUAGCCGCUCCUGCCGUGAACAAACUCAGCUUGAGUUUGAUAUUAAACCCCCACGAGUCCUCCAGGCGUAGUAGUGUCGAGUGGACGUAA